AUGAUGUCUAACAAGUUACUACCAAGAGUUUCUGGAAUUUCUUUAAUGUAUAAAAGAUUCUAUCAGAUCCCUAGUAAAUCAAGAAAUGUUAUCCCAAUUUAUCCACCAAUAGAGAACAAAUCAGUCAAACCAGGCAUAUUACUACAAAAGAUUAGUAAAGAGGAAUUAGAUGCUCAGUUGGAUCCACAAGGUUGGCGAAGAGCCUUGAUUAAAAAACACACUCCACAGGCCAUUGAAAGUGGUGAUGUGGUCCGUGUUAUUUAUAAUCAAUCCAAGUGUUCUUAUGAUCCAUUUAUUGGGUACGUUUUGUCUAUAGAUAGAAAACAUCUGGUCCAAGAUGCUUCCAUACUUUUAAGAAAUCAAAUUGCAAAGACUAUGGUUGAAAUACGUGUUCCUAUCUUUUCUCCAUUAGUAGAAAGAAUCGAUAUCUUGAAGAAGAAUGAUGGCAAGAGAAGAAGAAAUAAACAUUAUUAUAUUAGAGAUACUAGAUUGGACGUCAGUAACUUAGAAGCUAAAUUAAGGAAAAGAAGGUGA